AUGAAGAGAAAACAAAAGAAGCUGGAUGCAUUUUUUCCAAGAAAUGUUUUGCCAUGCACUGGUAAUCAUUUAGAAGAGGAAGUACAAGUAGUUCCUAGAGCUUUGAACUUGGGCAUUGAUGAGCUCUCUAAUGUUGUGGUGAAUGAGGAUUCUCUCAUUAGUCCGAGAGUGACUAAUCCAUCCUUCGCCUUAAUCGAACGAGAUCCUGGACUGCGUAAGCUAGUGUGGACAUUUCCACCCAAUAAACGUGAUGAGAUAAGGCGAGCUUACUUGAGUUAUGGCCCCCUACAAGUUAAGCUUCCUAACUUUCCUAGAACUGGUGAUCCUGAUCAUCCUCGCGGCUUCCAAGUUGCAUGGUAUUCUGAAUUUCCUUGGGUUGAAUACUCGGAAUCAAAGGAUGCUGCAUAUUGUCUUCCGUGCUAUUUGUUUGCUGAAAAGCCUAUUGCUGAAUCUGGUUGGGACACAUUUGUUAAUGAAGGAUUUUGA